AUGACCAUGAACAUCCGCGCUUGCCUCUUCGACAUGGAUGGUCUACUCAUCAACUCUGAGCAGAUCUACACCGAUGUUGCCAACGAGAUUUUAGCCGAACACGGUAAAGGUCCUCUUCCCUGGGAGAUCAAGAAGGACCUGCAGGGCCGACCUGGUCCUGAGGCCGCGCGAGUCUUCCUUGAAUGGUCUGGAUUGCCCUACAACCCCGACGAGUAUUACGCCAUGACCUCUGCUCGUCAGUCGGAAAAGUGGCAGACCUGCAAGUUCAUGCCCGGAGCUCUGGAGCUGCUGAAGUACCUCAAGGAGAAGGACAUUCCUUUUGCUCUGGCCACCUCAUCCCACCGAGGAAACUUUGAGAAGAAGACCGCCCACCUGGGUCACGGAUUCGAGCUCUUUGGCGACCACAUUGUCGUUGGAGAUGACGAGCGAAUCCCCAAGGGUCGUGGCAAGCCCAACCCCGACAUCUGGCAAGUGGCUCUCAAGUCUCUGAACGACCAGAGACACGCCGGUGACCAGAUCAAGCCCAAUGAGGUGCUGGUGUUCGAGGACGGCAUUCCCGGCGUUGUUUCCGGACGAGCUGCUGAGGCCCAUGUUAUUUGGGUGCCCGAUCAGCGCCUUCUCAACGUGCUCAAGAAGGGCGAGGCCCAGGAGAUCAUUGGCAACCAAGGCGAGAUUCUCACCUCUCUCGCCGAUCUCGACAAGACCAAGUAUGGCCUUUAA